AUUUAUCUUUUUUUUUUUUUUUCUAAAAUUUCCCUUUUUAUACUUGAAAAUACAUACCAGCCCUCUCCAUUUAAUUUUAACUACAUUACCUUCUGUGCAUCACGAUUCUUUGAAAUUUGCGUUCAUUAUCCGAGAGAAGCAAAAUACAUAAUGGUCACUCCAAAGCAAAUGCGCCCAGCGCAGCGCUGCGACAUACUCUGUGUGCUUGUAAUUGAAAGCACGCAACACAUGCAUAACCUAUUCCACGAGCUCUACGACUCAGUCAUAACCAACCUGAUAAACCAACUGCGGACCCCCGUCAUCGUAGAUGCAUCCGGCAAAAAGAGCCAAACAACCAAAGCCACGCCCUGCGUCCGGCUCGGCGUAGUGUUCUACGGCGACUACUACCCGUACUCAACGCGCACCUGCAGCACCCAGUACUUUACGUCCAACUACCGCGAGUUCACAAAGGCCAUAAAGGCGCAUAAGUUCUGCGAGGGUGGCCAACUGCGGUGCGCUGUCACCGACGGGCUUGUGGGCGCCCUGGAAAUGUUUGAUGAUUUCGCCGAGUUCGAUCCCGAAGCGCACCUGGCCAAUGUGCAGCAGCGCCAUGCUAUCCUUGUCUCCUCCACCCCGCCCUACAUGCAGCCGUGCCAGGAGAAUGUCCAUAUGCGGUACGAUGGAUUUGGCUUGGAUGCCGUGGCGAAGCGCAUGCGUGAGCUCAAAUUGUCGUUUUCGCUCAUUCAGGAGCGCGGAAAGAGAAUAGAGCAGGUGGAGGGGUUGCUUGAUACAGCGAAUAUUUCGACAAAGCCGCCUCUUGAGCUGCCCAAGGCCAUGUCGCCGAGCUUUAGCGUGCGUCUGAUGGGAAUUGAUUUGCAGAUUCCGCCAGAAUUUGCCGAGCCCGUUGCCCAGCUAACGGCCAUUGCGCCUGCGCCCGCGCUUGCCAUUCUGCCGAAUAUCCAGUUGCAAUCCGCCCCCCAGAUGUCCGCGCCGGUACACAUCCAGCCUCAGCCACAGGGCCUAACCCAGUCGCAAGCGCCCCCUGCAAUGCACCAGUCACAGUCCCAGCCACAGCUGGUGCCGCAGAAAAACAAGGCCGACCCCGAAGCUCAUUUGGCAGAGUCGCCCAUGGCGGCAAAAAAGCCCAAAGUCGACCCUGACCCUGCUAGCGCAGCAGUGACUAGCCCGAACACCGACGAUCAGCCAAAGUCGGCGCGUGGGAAAGGUCGGGUCAAAACUGGCAAUUCUCCAGGAGCUGCUGCUGCUGCCACUUCCCGCAAGGCAUCGAAACCGCUGGAUUCCCCGGCUGUGUCUGCUAAGCAAAUACCUACGACUCCGCAGAGCGCUUCUGCUGGUGGACCAGCAAACGCUCAGCAGCAGCAGCAGCAGCAUUCUUCGGACCCGAACGAAAUGGAAGUGACCCCGAGUUCCGAAACUGCAAUGUCCGUAAAGUCGCCCGCAGGACUUCAGCAGCAGCAGCAACAACAACAGCAGACCAACAACGGCUCUGUUGAACAAACAGUAGCAACGGUGCCCAACAUCGUCCAGCAGGCCACCAACCCCUCUUAUGUCGCAAUAUUGGCGGACUUCAAGAGCAAGGGUGCAUCGGACGAGGACCUGCGGCUUCUGCUAGUGCUCAUGAUGGAGGUGCAGAACCCGGCACGUCCAAUUCCCGAGCGUAUGGACAUCAAAAGGAAGCUGGAGAUCCUAAUCACCAAGCUCAAAAACAACAGCACAGCUCCGGACAACAGUGCAACUUCAGGGAUAAUAAUGCAAAGCCCGCAGUCAAUGGACAUCACGAUGGCAGCACCGGCGAGCAACACUGCUUCUGCGUCUCAGCCGCAGGCCAUGAUGUCGCCUGCUUCCCAGACUGCCGCUUUGCCCACAAAUAUCAUGCAGCAGCUUUUGCACCACACGCUGAAUUUGGUCCGCAUGAAGUUGAAUAUUGAUAUUCGACAAGUGUUUUAUGCCCUGACACCGGAGACCUUUGAGGCGCAGGUGCGCGAGGUCUGCCGCGACCAGCCUGAGGUUCUCGCUAAUAUGAAUAAUCUGAAGGCAUCGUUUAUCCAGAUCAAGACAAUCCAGAUGGCCCAGUUACUAAAGCAGCAGCAACAACAGCAGCAGCAAGCAGCAGGUUGCUCAGAACCAGCAACUCGGCUCCCCCAAUGUAUCAACCUAACGUCUCCCAUCUCUCUUCAGACCAAUGCCGGCGCGGCUCAACAGCCCGCAGCCCAGACGCAGGGACAGCUGUGGCAGGGAACGCUGGUCUGGGAGUCAAAGCAGGGCGAGAACCAGAGGCAUGAGCCAUCUUGCCUGAUUGUCGCUACAGGACACCCCGGCAUAUCCUACUCUGCGCUGGAGCUGAAGCUCCCCGACUGGCCAGAGAAAAUGCGUGUAAGCCAAAUUGUCAAUGCAACCGAGCAGUUUGCCGAGUACUGCAUUCAGUCGAAGAUUCAAAUGGUUCAAAUCGGCGCCCACGCAAACGCAACCGCAGAGCAAAUCAAAUACUUUGACGAUUUUUGCACAACCUUGCGGGAAAAAUCCGUCUACGCCCUGGUUCGCAUCGGCCCAUCGUCAGCCACCCUGCCAUGGAACGGUAUUUUCUUUACGUACUACCGCGGCAACCUGGUCGCGUUACCCUUUAUGAACCGCCCAAUUACCACUGCUGUGAUAGCUGCUCUGUCCAGGUGCACGCUGAAUAACGCGGCGGCGCCUGCUCCAGCGAUGAUUUUCAAUUCGAAUCCUGCUCCUGCGCUCAAUGGGCAUCAGGUCGGCGCGACAAGUUCUGGCGGAGGAAGUGUGCAGAUAACCCCCCAGCAGUCUUCAUUGGGCUUGCCCAUGUCUGCGGCUGCGAACGCGUCGAUUUUGGCUCGGAGUAACUCGGCUGGUGGUGGCGGACCCGUAACCCCAGUGCCUGCAUCUGCGGUGGCCCAGCAGCAGAUAAUGAGCCCCAUGCAGCAGUUUGCCGCCCAACCAGUGACUGAAAGCCCGCUGACCAGCAACGCAACCCCGAACCAGAUCCAUAUGGUGCUGAACUUUUUGCAAAAUCAUUUGUCUCACGAGCAGAUGGAGACUAUCAGAGCCAUGCCACCCUCAAACGGGAUGUUUUGGUAA